AUGAAUCAAUUUGUUGGUCCUAUCUUAAUCGAGAGAGUGGCACAUCUUCUGCGGAAAGAUGUCGCAACCACUGACGAACAGUCUGAAUGCGCCAACUUGGCUCUUCAAUAUUGGUGUUCUGUCGGCCAACCUAACACACCAUAUCUGCAGCAGUUGAUUGCCGCCAGCAAGAGUAUUCCAGCCAUGAACAGACCAAACAAUAAUUAUUCUGUGCAAAAAAUCGAUGACAAGAACAGUCACAUACUCAUUGAGCAAAAAGCCAUCUCUCACAAUUUUGCCGAUGCCAUUUCACUCCUUGAAGCAACCGACAUAGAACCUAGUAAUUAUUUCCUAAAACUGGAAAAAAUACUGGAGCUCUUAAUACUUGGAGAGAAUUGGAGAUCAAUUGAAGAAAUAGAACAUCGUUUAGAUGGCCAUAUGAAAAACACAUGCCAUGAUAUAAGUCCGCCUGAGAAAGACGCUUAUCAGAGAGCAAAACUUCUAGUAUCGGCGUCUUAUUUCUUACAAGGUAGAUAUUUUGAAUGCUUGAAACACUUCAUAAACAUAGCACAGAAUGACGAAUCAAUAAUAAGAUUACUAAUAGCCCCGAUGUCACGACCUCUCGUUACCAGCCAUGAGCUAAUAUUAAUGAUCUCAUUAUCAAUAUUAACCACAAUUCCACUUGAUAGUUAUGAGACUUUUUUUCAUCUAGAAGAAUUAGAGCCAUUCUUCGAGCGCAGCCCCAUUCUCAUCAAGUGUUUGAAUUUAUUGAUCAAUACAAGUUACAAUAAAUUCUUCAAGCUAAUGAAAAGUACGAUUAACGAUAUGUGCGAACAAAGCAUGUUUCUAGAUAGACAAUGGGACACUGUGCAGUCUAUUAUGAGAAAUAAAGUAUAUUUCUUCUACAUGAGAAUAGCGAACAAGGUGGAAAUAAAAUAUCUCUCAGACACUCUUGGGAUUGAUUACGAUAUAGUUAAUAGGGAAGUUAACUUGUUGAUAUCUGAAACACACUUGAAUUUUAAUAUUGAAGGCGACAUCAUAUGUUUCCGAAGUAGAAAGGAAAUCAAUAAUAUAUUGGACGGAAUAAAAAAAACUGAUAACAUGCUGUCAGGUCAAAUAGAGACACUCAGGAAAAGAAACGAAGCAAUUCGCAAUUUUAUACAACAGUCGAUAAUUGAUAACAGUACCAUGCAUCAGGCUGCAUUGAUAGAAGAAGGCAUGAAUGUUGAAGACAUUAUUGAGCGCACCGACUAUGAUAGCUCAGAAGACGUCGAUCACCCCAUUUAA